AUGGCCACGGCAUCUUCAGUGACAAAAUUUGUGAAGAUGAGCGGGGAGGUCAUCGAUUGCGAGGUGCCUUCCCUUUGCACGGUGCAUGAGGCCGCCAGCCUCUUGACGGACUGCUUGGGCUGUGGUUUCGUCCGGCUCAUCAAGGACCCCUUACAGGACCGGGUCCUCGAAGCAGGCGAGGUGCUCCCGGAAGGCGUUGUGCAGGUGGUCAUGUACGCAGAGAUUUGGGGCAGCUGGGGACGCCACAUCCAAGUAGACAGGCGGACGGCCGGAUGGGGUCGUGGGUGGGCUCGUGCUCUUGUGGGCGUGCCAGCAGGCAAAGCUGCAAAGUGGCGAGCCAAGCUUUCGGAGGAGGCUGGAAGUGGUGUUCAAGUCGUCGGUGUCGUGUCCGAUGCGCUGAAGUUCUGGGAUGACUACGCAGUCUGCACCGACCAGGGGUACUGGGUGGCACAAAGCGACGCUGUAUGGGCAUCUGGCAAGAAGGUCGACGGAUACGAAGUCAUCUUCGUACCAGGAGAAGUGGUGGAUCUGGAGCUGGAUCGACGACAGCACACUUUGACUGUCAGGGGCUCCAAACGCCAUGUGACCAUAGCGAACCUGCCGGCAUCAGGCAUGCUGUAUCCUGCACUGUGUUUUGUGGAUCCCAAGCAGUACGCAGAGCUGCUCGACUAUUAUCCACCCGCAGAGUACUUUCCAACGGAGGAGCCAGCAGAGGACGUGGAAGAAGUGGAUGCUCAGCUGGCUGCCGGCACCGCCGCAAGCCAGGCAGAGGCUUGCUUGGAAAUGCCCGGUUACAAGGCAAGCAAGACCCAGUACUCAGAUGUAUCUGCGAAGAAAUGGGCCAGCAAGGAUUACCAAGACCUUACACCCGAGAAAGUGCGCGACUGGCGCCGCCCGCGCAUCGCGUGGAAGUCGAAGGCAGAGUGGGACGAGGCCAAAUCCACAUGGUGCGAGACCAGCGGCGAUCAGAUUGCCUGGGAUUCUGGCUGUCGCAAGGUUGCGGGGUCUGUGGAGCACGAUCCAGGUCACGUUGCCGGUGGCAAGCGACUCGUCAAGCUGGUGGCGAACCUGCUUAGAGACGACGACAUUCAGGCAAAGAUGGAUGCGGAAGGCUUUGUGAGCAUCCAGUGCUUGCUUAAAGCCAAGCCUGUGCUCAAUGAAUACGGAACGGCCAAGAGCAUCGUGACUGCGAUCGAGGAGCAGGCGAGGCACGUGCGACUGGACAAGGCGCGACGGCGAGUGCGGCUGGAAAACCUCCAUGAAGAGGUCCGGGCCGAGGCUUCAGCAUUUAUGCGGCAGCAGCCCUUUGGCGUGGUUCCCAUUGUGAGCUUCCUGUCGAUGCCCGUCCUCGUGCGGACGCUGCCAGAAACUGCAAGCCGAGAAGGCCUGCUACGGCAAGCAUUGGCGCACCCGGAUUCGGAGCUGGAAGUCCAGGGCACCUUUGUCUCUUGGCGACCAAGAGCAUCAAAGCUACGCCAAGUGGUGGAGCAGCUCUUUGAUGACACGCAGGAAUCCCGACUUCAAGUCAAGCUUGCGCAAAGCGCAACGGGGGAGAUUCCGCUGGCAUGGAUUGUUGGAAAGUAUGCAGACAGAUUUGGCUUCUCCGGGCUACAGGAUGCCCGCGUUGCCGAGGCAGUGGCAGAAGAGCUCGCCAAAGCUCUGGAAGAUUCCAAGGCGCUGGUUGUCGAUCGCCGGCGCUUGACCAUCAGAGCUCGCCAGCGAAAUCCCGAAGUGGCGCCCGAAGACCACGAUGAUGUGGCAGGCAAUCGCGCGUUCACUCGGCUAGCGUUGCCCCAAGACCCUGAGGACCUAGGACAUCCUGCAAGCCGCUCCAGCCGUGGGUCGCAUUGA